AUGACCUUGACCUACUUGAGCUGGAGCAGUGGCACUGGCAGGCAUCAGGCCGUGGCAGCGGCGGCUGACUGUCGGGACUGGUGUAUUGUUACAGAUGGAAGUCCGCUGUCCUGGUGGCUGGACCGCGAAGGAGAAAGGAGGAGUUACUGGGGAGGCUUCCUGCCCGGGGUCCAGCAGUGCUCCUGCAGCCUGGAGGAGAACUGCAUCGACAUGAACUUCUUCUGCAACUGUGACGCCGAUUCAGACGCAUGGGCUAAUGACACGGGAAUCCUCUCCUAUAAAGACCACCUACCAGUCAGCCAGAUAGUAAUCGGAGACACCAACAGAACAGGCUCGAAAGCCAUCUACCACAUCGGCCCUCUGCGUUGUUAUGGAGACAAGUCCAUAUGGAACGCAGCGUCUUUCUACCAGGAGUCGUCGUACCUCUACUUCCCCACCCUGCAGGCGGAGCUCUCCUCUGAUAUCUCCUUUUACUUCAAGACCAGCGCUCCUUCAGGAGUGUUUCUCGAGAACCUGGGCCUCAAAGACUUCAUCAGAGUGGAGCUCAGCUCUCCCUCGGUGGUGACGUUCUCUUUUGAUGUGGGAAAUGGUCCGGCGCUCCUCUCCGUGAAGUCCCACCUGCCCCUGAAUGACAGACAGUGGCACUACGUGAGGGCAGAGCGCAACGUGCGGGAGGCCUCGCUGCAGGUCGACCAGCUCCCCCUCCGCUUCCUGGAGGCUCCGGCUGACGGGCACCUGCGCUUGCGGCUCAGCAGCCAGCUCUUCAUAGGGGGAACGGCGUCCCUGCAGAGAGGCUUCCUGGGCUGCAUCAGGACGCUGACGGUCAACGGCGUGAGCUUCGACCUGGAGGAGAGGGCCAGGAUGACGCCCGGGGUGAGCUCCGGCUGUCCCGGCUACUGCAGCGGCUCCAGCAGCCUGUGCCACAACAGAGGCAGGUGCGUCGAGAAGAGCAACGGCUACAUCUGCGACUGCUCGCUGUCCGCCUACGGGGGAACCACCUGCAACCAAGAGGUGUCGGUGUCCUUUGACAGAGAGUCCUCCGUGACCUACACCUUCCAGGAGCCGUUCUCGGUGAUGCAGAACCGGAGCUCGCAGGCCACCAGCGUUUCCACGGAGAGCAGCAGCCGGGCCAGAGAGGACGUGGCCUUCAGCUUCGUCACGUCCCAGAGGCCGGCCAUGCUGCUGACCGUCAGCACCUUCAGUCAUCAGUACAUCGCUGUCAUCCUGGCAAAAAACGGGAGUCUGCAGAUCUGGUAUCACCUUCAGACGGACCGGAGUCCGGACGUGUUCAGCCCCGUGCUCACUAACCUGGCAGACGGACGACUCCAUCGAAUCCGGAUCCACCGAGUGGGAAAAAACCUCUACAUUCAG